CUUCCUGCCUUCCUUGUUCGAACUCUGCCAAGAUGGCGGAGGUCCUGCUGCGUUGUGGCAGAGUCACUUUGAACAUUUCACCCAAAAUAUGCAACUGCUCUCGGGUGAACCCUCAUGGGAAGGAAGGCAAAGGUACGAUGCAUUCUUCAUCAUUAUCUAGUGGGGUUUUAGUUUUGAAUUUUAAAGGUGACAACAUAUUUGGAGCUGAUAAGUUGAUAGUCUCACGGGACCCUUUCGCAACACCUUUGCGGUGUGCAUUCCGUGACGUCAGUGGACGUAACUUGACUUCCACGAAUGUCCACGGACAUAGACAUGGUUCUCUCAGGCGGAGGGAACGCGAGUAUCCUGUUGCUUUAUCCCAACGGACAGCUUGGGGCCAUUUAACGCUCGCCAGGAGUUAUAGCAGUAAUGGCGGCCAAGAGGAGCCUCUUUACAGAAGCAAAACUGGCUACUAUGACAUCCUCGAUGUACCCCCCAGUGCCACGCAUGCGCAGAUUAAAACCGCGUACUACAAACAGUCCUUCAUAUACCACCCGGACAGAAACGCCGGCAGCGACGCGGCUACUGUUCGAUUCUCGGCUAUCAGCGAGGCCUACACUGUAUUGGGUAACAAGGCCCUGCGGAAAAAGUACGACCGUGGCCUGCUGAGCCAGUUCGACCUGACCGGCAUGACCAGACCCUCCAGUAAGGACACAAGUGAGAGCUCGUCCCAGACUCAGAGCGACAGGCGGGGGUCUGUAAUGGGACCCGGUGACAGGGGGGGCAUGUUCGACUUCGACGAGUUCCUCCGCUGUCAUUAUGGCGAGCAGCUGCAAAGAGAAAGAGACGCCCGGAAACGACGAGAGGAGAUCCGGAAGAAGCGGCAAGAGACGAUGACUGAGAGGAACAAGGACGGUUUGAUGGAGGUAGGCAUGAUCUUGAUGCUGGUGGCGGCACUUUGCCUCUUUGCUACCUCCAAGUGACUAAAAGUGGACAUUUGGACUGGAGGUAACCUAUCACAUUCACUUACAAAUAUCUGAUCUGAAUGUCAGUUAAAAAAAAACAAAAAAAAACGCAGACCUCCGCCAAGGUUAUGGUGUAUGGAAACGGGCUACUUCCGGGUUCUGAGUCAAAAUGACUUGAGGUGCAAUAAACAAGCUUGUUGCAGACUUUUGCACGUACUGUAUUGUAUAUAGCUAUGUUCAUUUAGAGUUAAAGGUGCCUAUAUAUAUACACGUAUAUGUAGCUAUACGUUAUUCCGAUCAGGAAUUACAUACCUAACACCAUAGUAUGUUUUCAGUGGUGCAUAUUUCUUUCAGUUUGUUUGUUUGGACCUUCCAGCUACUGACAAAAUCAGCAAAAAUGUAUACCGUUGAACCAAAGUUAAUCUGGUUGUGAUCCAAUUUGGCAAUGUAAACCCUUUUGAACCAAAUCUGUCUCUGAUUCAUAUUGUGCAGUAUAAACACAUGGAACGUGUUUAGACUCCCAUUUCUCCAUAUUGCGAUUUGGUUGUGUCUGAUCUUAUUACAUUUAGCUCCAGUUUGGAUGUGUAUCAGCCUUUGCGGAGGUCAUUUUCUUAUUUUAAUUAAAAGUAGACAAUUAUGUGCUGCUUCUGUCAUGUACAGAUUUUGUUUUGACUUAUAAGUCAUGUAAUAUGGAUAUUUAUUAUGAUUACAGGUGUGUAAGAAAAAAUAAUGCAAAGAUCGGGAAUAAUGUGCCUUUAUUGUCAAAAAUCACUGCUGCUUUUCAGAGAUUUUAAGGAAUACUGUAAGUAGGGAUGCUCCGAUCAGGCAUUUAUCCUGCAGAUUCCGAUAAAAAUCAGGCUGAUGCCGAUCUCACUGUACAUUUUUGUGCAGAAUUGAAUUAUUUAUAAUGUAUUUAUUUUUUUAGAAAUCUGUCCUGCUUAACUUAAGAAUAAUAAAUCAAUAAAUUCAGUGUCCAGGUUGCAAGAGUCUCCAUCUUUAAUCACUAUUUGUCAUUUUAUAAAGGCAUGAAGUCUGAGUUAUAGCUAAUAUUCUGAGGCUUUUGUGAGUGACUGAAAAUCAGAUGGAAAGCGAGGAGUCACCGUCAUAAGCCUGGGCAUACUGUUUAGGUUCAUUAAACAAUCACACAGUGUUUUGAGGACAAUACAUAUUUAGUAUAAUGAUGAGAGAUUGUUCAGUGAUACUUGGAAAAAGUCAGUGGUGCCCCAUGUAUGUGAUAUAUACUUCAACGUGGGACAAAAACGAGCUCGGAACUAACCGCAUUUCUGUUGCAUGCAGAUCAAUUGAAGUGAUUGGCAUUGAGAGACAUAUCAGCAUAUGCUGAUCACAUGUUUUUUACAGAAAUCAUCUAAUACUGAUUGAUGGCCAGUCAGUCGGAGCAUCCCGAGUAACAAAUAAGCAGUGCUUGGAAAGAGUACUUUGAAAUGUUUAGAUGGUGUCCUCCAUCAAAACACGUGUUUUCUUUCAGCAUUUAGUGCAAUUAAAAUUCACAGUUCACAAGUUAAAAUCAAAGUGUCCUAUCAGUGCACAUUAGUUGAAAAAACAAACAAACAUUAACUUAUUAAAUAAAUUCAAGUACCUGCAGGUUAAAAACACAGAACUAAUCCAUGGAACAUCAACACAAACUACUAAGAUACACGGGUUUGAACCCGUGUAUCUUAAUUGGUGAUUGGAGCACAGCCUCGCCCGCGCUCUGACGUGAUGGGGUUCAGGGCGUCAAAGAGGCGCUGCACGGCCAGCUCCACCAUCUCUCUCAGGGAGUCAUCCUCUAUGCUGUCGUCCUCGUAGCACACAGACUGGUUAAAGCAGGGUUAAGACGGUGAGAAUGUCCACAGGGAGUAAUGACAAAGGUUAUAAAACGGACAAAAAAUGUACCCUUGUUUCCAAGCAAAUGUGCACCGUCUUCCCGUCGACUGUCACCAAGAUGUUUUUAUCAUCACUGAAGUCCACGUAGUCCGGUCCAAACAUGUCACUAAAGACACAAAGGGAACAAUACGUAACCAAAUGGUAGAGAAGUCGUAAAUAAACAGUUAACCUGUACUGGUAAUACUAGUCAAAGCUCCUCCAUUUGAUAGGAGCACUCCACUGCUUUUAAGGACCUACUUGAUGAGCAAAAAUGCUAGUACUCACUGUAACAUGAUUUCUAGUCUGCUGUGGAAGACGUCCAUGUCCAAAGUGGCACUCUGGGUCUCCAUGACUGUUAAAAACACAAUCCAGUGAGUUGCACGUUUUGUAUUUGAUUUGUUGGGAUUUUUGCGAACAAUUAUGGGGGUAAAUGUCAGUUCCAAUGUCAAACUGGAGCAACAACGAAUGAAAAUCAGGAGUUAGUCAGUGUUUCCCAUAAGACUGCAAAGUUUUUGUGGCGGUGGGUGGCAGGCGACGCUAAAUGUCAUGAUCUAAUUUGCAUUAUAGGGAUCAAGGUGUCACGAGACGAUGUACGGGAUAAUAAUAUGCAUUUAAAAAAAAAUUGCCAUACUGGCUCGUUCAUGUUGACGGGCUCACUUUGCUGUGGGCCCAUUAAGUACUUUACCUUGCUGCUUACGAGACUACCUUGCUGUACUGUUUGUGUUUGCUCGCGACCCCGCCUCCCCCUACAGAGACAAAGGGACUGUAUGACUAACGUGAGGUCUCACUCCGUUGUUUUAUGGAAUGUUGUUCAAAAAAGCGUGCUGAAUUCAUUUUAAUUUAUAGUGCGAUUAAGUCAUUCAUGAUCACAAUUAUGACAUUAUGCUUUUUUUUUCAAACUUGAAAUCUUGUCACAUUUUAGUCUUUCAAUAUCUUGUGACAGUUCAGGGUGUACCCCGCCUCUCGCCCGAAGACAGCUGGGAUAGGCUCCAGCACCCCCGCGACCCUCGUGAGGAAAAAGCGGUAGAAAAUGAAUGAAUGAAUCAAUAUCUUGUGACACCCAUAGUAUGCGUAUGUAAAUUUUAUGGACGCUGUGGGAGACAAAAAAGUGAGCAAAAAUAUGACUAGCAAAACAAAUGUGUACUAAUAAAAUGGUACUUUUUCUCGCUUCCUUUUUGUAUAUAUUUUUCUGUGUCACUUGCAAGAUGCAGCUGCUCGGGGCUUUUAUCUUUAUCAGAAAAAGUCUAGACUAGACUCUAGAUGGGGCUGACUAUUGGCUAAAUAGUGACAACACUGAUCCCUCUUGCUACAUGUUCUUCUUUGGCAGACCAGGUGCUUAUGAGGUGUGUUAAGAAGCAGAGUUACAAUGCCAUCAACUCUGUAUUGGUAUUGAUAAUGACCUUUCUGAGCCUUUGGAUUGGACUGGACCUCCAGCACCACAGUGGUGACGGCGUCGGCGUACAUGUCGUUGAGAGGGUUAGCGAUCCACUGAAACAUAUGAAGAAGUUGGAGACCAGCAGUGGAACCAACCCAGCCUUUUCAUCGACGAUCACAACACUCACCUCUAGCAGAACCAUGCCGACUUCAUGGAUCAAUGUGAUGUUUUGGAAGACCCUCAGGGUUUUCUUCUCAGUCCCAUCAAGCUCCUCCACGUCACCUGAUGGAGAGAAAAUCUAGCUAAGUGUGAUCCACGUGAAGGAGGAGCACAUGCGUUAAGGUGCACCUGUGAGGUUCCUCAAGUGGCAGACGAGCAGCGAAUAAGGUCCGGUGAAGGGGAUGGCCUGGGUCUGCUUCACUGUGCUCAUGGACAGCUCUGUAUACACUACAAAAACACCACCAUGGAUGCCCGACACCCUGUGACCCUGAACACACUUCUGAUCCGCCAGAGAACCCAUCACCUAAACACGGGACCACAAGGUUAGACAGCUCAACAGUCAGGUCAAAUGAAAUCUAAAUGGGUGAUGCUAGUCGGAGGUGUAAUUACAUGUACUGGUAGCUGAUGUUGGACUUUUAGGAGAAAAAGGUGCUAAUUUUUUCAACAUGGGUCCAAAAAACACUUCUGAAAUAUAUAAAAACAAAAACAUAUCUGAAUGUUCUGAACUCCUGGUUCAAGGCUGUAAUCCAGGGGGUUGAAAUUGUGGCCUGGGGACCAUUCUUAUUGGUAGUAAUUUUCCAAGAAUAAAGUCAAAAUACUACGGAAAAUUUGUAAUCUAAUGAGAAUAGAGUUAGAGUUAUAUGACAAUGCAACAUGUUAUCAUAUAACCUCAUUUUAGUAGCAUAUAGUCCAAAUAUUACAGAAAAAAUAUAUUUUUUUAAGUAAUAUGAGGAACAAAACAAGUUGUAUUUUUUGGAAAAUUGGGUUGGGGGGAAGUAAGUUCAAAAUAUUAUGGGAAUAAAGUGGAAGCUGGAAUUUUGAGAAUAAAGUCAAAAUAUUGGGAGAAAAAAAAGUAAUAUGAAGGAAAUGUGUUAUUUCAGUAGCAGAGUUAAAAUAUUAAGAUGUGAUUAAUCAGCAAGAAGCAAUAAUUAAAUCAUGCUCAUUUCUACUUAAUGGUAGUCUUUAAAUGCAUUUGAUGAAAUAAAAUAAAGACCUUCCCCUAAUAACAUCGCCUAACAAGUGCCCGAUACACUCUGCAGUUAAUUAGUUAAUUAAUCUACCUUGGCAAGUUUCUCUCCUCUGAAGUUGAGGGUGACAGACUCUGUGUUGCGAGGGUUGUGGACUUCGAUGUGAACUUGGUCGUUGUCCUCGUACUCUCGGAUCAGCGCCGCCUUCAGACGAGCCAUCUCAUUCUGCUCGCCGUGGACUAAGAUCUAAAAAGUGCACACACACAAGUGGAAGCUACUGAGGUCUGAUGGAAAGAACUUUCCUCCUUCCUACCACAUGUGGAGGUUUCAGGGCCCGGAUAAACUCGCUGGUUUGCUGGUAGUCCGUGUGGGCCGAGAAGGAGAUGUAAUCCACUGACAUCUUCAGCUGAAGCUUCUGUCCUGACAUGGUGGUGAUCUCCUCCGGUUCAGACAUGAUAUGCUGCACAUCGAAACACAGUCACCACAGUAAGAGCUUUUCUUCCUGUCACUCACAGACACUCCAAGAGAGAUGUUGUUCUACUGAGUGGUAUAAUAGCUCUUCUAAAGCUUUCAAAGAGCUCUCUGGAGAGGCCGCUCUGCAUCAUGCCAGGGGACGCCAUCACCACACUGGGGCCGAUGUCAUCAAAGUGAUCCAUGCUCUGGAAGACAUUGUGUCAACAGAUCACUCCACUUGAGAUGAGCAGCAGUUCCUGGGCUCGUCCCAAAGCAAACACGGGGAUCAAACAACGGCCUUCUCUGUUGACGAUGUCGUGGACUGUGUUACAGAAGCGAGCCUCCCGCUCCUCUCUCUUCUCAUGGAUGUGUGUGCCGUAUGUUGACUCCUGUGGACACAUUUUGAUCAACUUAAGAGGUAAAAAAAAACAAACAAAAGAAAAUAAUUUUGUGUGUAAAUGUUGCACUUUUUGUGGCGUACAAUAAUUAAAAUGUCUGGCUUGACACUGGGAAUCUCAGCUGCCAUGAGGUGCCUGUCUUCCUGUCGAGAAAAGUCUCCUGUGUACAGCAGCUUUCAACACAAAAACAUGAGUAAGCAUAAACAAAUACAACCUAUAUCAUAUAAUCCAUGAGAAGGUGUUACCUUGACUCCAGCUAUUUCAAUCAUAAACAUGGCCGCUCCCAACACAUGACCGGCAUGGUAGCACCAGAACUUGAUUCCUGCUACCUCCUUGACCUCGUGGAAGUUGAUGGUCUCAAUCUUAUCCAUGCUCUCCUCUAGGUCUGUCUCCGUGUACAACAUGUCAUCUGCAGAAAUGUUGCUACAAGAAGAAAAAAAAACAAUGCAAACUGCAGAAUUACAAUUUAAACACAAUAAACGGUUUCUUACCUGACUUUGACGUAAUCUGACAGCAGCCAGCGGUAGAUGGCCUUGGUGGCGUGGGUCAUGAAGGUCCUGCCUUUGAAGCUGGUCUUCUGGAGGAACCAAGGCAGAGCCCCGCAGUGAUCAAGGUGGAAGCUGGAAAGAAAUGAGUCCCCUUUAGUGACAUAUUUGUUCUGAUUGAAUAAUAGACUAUAAGACACUUACUGGCUGAUGAGCAGCAGGUCGAUCUCAGCCGGGUCGAUCAAGUCUAUAUAGGGGAGGGCGUCCAUUCCUUCUAAACCAGGGUGGAUGCCACAGUCCAG